AGAAAAUAAAAAUUCGUAUUUAAAAUAAUAUAUUUUUGUAUCGUAGUAACGCAACCAUCAAUAUCAUCAGUCACAACUUGUCACAUAUCACUGUAAACCACUCACCCUAAUUUACAAUGGAUACACCGACCGUGUUAACCGUUAAUUAUUCUCGUAAUUUUGAAGAUCCAGGAAAAUCAAGUCAUUCAACUCUUCAAAAAUUAACUGAAAAAAUAAUAAUCCGAUCAUUCAUUUUGAUGCAGUUUCAAACUCAAUAUAAACUUUUUGUCGCACUUGGUAUUGUUUUAACAUAUUAUGUAACACUGAAUGAAGCAGCGACCGCUAUAUCGAUUAUGAAGCACGAAAAACCGUUGAAACAUUACAUGACCAAUACAAAAGGUAUAAUCUACUCUUUCGACGUGUUUUAUGGGUUGGAUGUUGGAUUAAUGCUUAUAUACAGAAAUACUUAUUGGCCGGAAACUCAACAUCGUUAUCCUCCUAGGAAUUCGCUUGUAAUUUUCUUGGACAUAUGUUCAUUAGUGCCUAUAGAUGGUAUUUAUUAUCAUAUUGGUCCGAAGAAAUGGCCAUCAGCAGUGAGUAUUUUAAGAAUGAGAUAUGCGUUGAGACUGGUCCGGAUUUACUGCCAAUUUAAAAUUGCCCGUCCUAUCACGAAAACUCCAUCACUAAUAACAUUCGUUUUUUCUUUUUAUAUAAUCCUUACUUUUAUUAUUACAACAACAGCUGCAGUAAUUCAAACAUGUAUGUGUGGUUUUACUUGUACAGAUUGGAAUUCUACAAUGUUUUAUAAGAAUAUGUAUUUAGUAGCGGAAAAGUUUACCGGAAUGGGAUUUGGAUUAAUUCAAUAUCAUUUUGAAUUGAAGUAUGAACAUUUGGCAUCAAUCUUUAUUACUACAGUUGGUGGAUGUUAUUUUAUUUAUUAUGUUUUUAUGAUAACAAAUUUAAUUACGACGUUUUAUCCUCGAUACAAAAAGGUUCAUUCAUUUUUUAUAAAAUACGGGAGUAUUCGAGCAGAAUUCAACUCGUGGAAAAUAUAUUCGUUAGAUGAGUGGACUAAUUAUCAUCAAACUUUACUUACAACUGUUCAAACUUAUUAUAAAAUGAUAUGGGAUAAAGCAAAAUGGCACUUACAGGAAUCGCCGAAAUAUCAUAUCCUUCCAUGGAUCAUGUUUAAGGAUUUAUAUUUAGAAUUAAAUUGGCACGCAUUGAAGCACACCCAUCUCUUUAGAAAUAAGAGUGUAAAUUUCUUAAGAGAGGUGGCGUAUCGUAUGCGACACAACUCAUAUCCUUCCGGUGAAGUCAUUUAUUAUAGAAAUCAAUUUAAAGAACAAAUGGUUUAUAUUGUAACGGGAAUUGUUCAAGUUAUAUCGGAGGAGAAUGGUGAAACUCCGAUAAUAUCGUUUUCCGGUGGAACUUGUUUGGGUGAAUCGUGUCUUCUUUUGGAUUAUCCCAAUUCGUGGAGUGUGGUGUGCAAAACUUAUUGCGAAAUAAUCUAUUUGAAACGAAAAGACUUUAUUCAAUUAAGUCAGAUUUAUCCUAAAGAUUACAACGAUAUCCUGCGAACAGUAUUGAUGAGACAUGAAAAAGCGAAACGAUUAACAAACAUGUUUAAAUAUCAAUGGUUGCAAUAUAACAUUACAAACCCUGAUACAAUUAUUAUCGCGUGGAUUAAAGAUAUGUUACAUAGCAUGGUUGCGAAUCGAAAAGAAACUGCUGUAGAUCGUAAAGAUUAUCUCGCAUUUUAUCCCGAUUAUUUAGACUUAUUAGUAAUUGCUGAAGACUUAGAGUUAGUUGUUGAUCAAAUUUAUUUAAAAACAACGUAUCCUCCGAUUUUGCAACCGGAAUCGAUCUUUUUAUCCGGAUGGAAUGUUUUUAUGGCUCUAUUUUCAAGUAUAAUCUUUAUUGGAUAUCCAUGUUUGAUUUUAUUUUGUAAUCAAAUCAAUGAGACAACUUUAGCAAUAAUAUAUGUGUUAACAACGUUAGCUUGUUGUUGGGACGCCUUUGUACAAUCAACGACUGCGGUGAGAACUAAAGUUGCCCUUCUAUCUAACGUCUCAGAAAUUAUUUAUUAUCGCUUGAGAAGUUUUACAUUUUUAAUUGAUAUAAUAUCAACGGUACCUUUAUGUAUGUUUUUUUACGUGGUUAAUAGAGACACAAGUUAUCGAAUACUAAUUAUUGCUGAGGCUCACAAGUUAUUAAAAGUUUAUCGAAUUAGCUUUGUCUUUAAAAAUAUAGAAGGUCUUAAAUACAGGCACAAUAAUAUUUUGGUACAACUCAAAGUUUUCUUGAUUUUCUUCUUUUUGUGUUAUUACACAGCGAUAAUUUUUUUUUACGUAAUUUGUGGGGAUGAUAUUUGUCCAGAUUUACGAUAUGAAACGUUAAAACUUGCCACAAAUUUAACGGAACAAUCUGUAUUAUUACAAUUAUACUCCUCAGCGGCUGUAUUUUUGGGGAACAUGAACCACGUGGACAUCGUAAUAUACAUGAACUCCAACUUAAUGCCACUUGUUAUGUUAUUACAAUUCAUUUACAUUUUCGUCUCUGUAUUUGUGUUAUGUUACGUAUCCAUUAUCUAUGCUGGUAAACAAAACAUAGAGUAUAAAUACAAAGAAUUUGUUUUAACGCUAGAUACGAUAAUGAAAGAUUUUAAAAUUAAAAAAGAUUUACAAAUGAGAACGAAAACUUAUUUAAGAACCCAAUUUUUGUAUGAUAAAGGAUUGAGAUUAGUGAUCCCACAUCUUAAACAAAGAAAUAUGUCCGUUAAUUUAUAUUCAAUAACGAACCAAGUUAUGUUUGGAAAUUUUUUAAGUCACACCUUGUUAUUUGGAUUAUGUGAUGAUAGACUUAUUUGGGAUGCUUCGAAAAGACUAAGCGUUAUAAUUUAUGCGAAAGGUGAAGUGAUAUCUUACGUUGGUCAAAUUAGUACAAGAUUAUUUAUGAUUCAACAAGGAUUUUGCAAGGUUCAUCUUACGGGUAGAAUUUUGAAUCCGGGGGAAUGUUUUUGUGUAAUUGAAACUUGUCUUCAAAAACCUAUUCAAUACACAGUGAUAGCUGAAACUGAUUGCAAAAUAUUAUCAUUGUCUAUCGAAGAAUACACGAGAUUAUGCGUAAAAUUUCCUGAUUUUGAAAAUAUUAUUAAUGAGACGUUAAAUUUAGUGACACAAGAUAAUUUAUCACUAUUAGAAAUUACGUAUAACGUUCGGGAAUAUUUUAUAAUUGAAUCAAAAAUUGAUGUACCAUCAACACACGUUUUUAACCUGAAACACAUGCUAAAAGAACAACAAAAACGUACAAUACGAUAUUUAUUUUUAUCAUUUUUCUUGAUGCGUGUAACAUUUUCUGCAAAUGGGAACUUUAUUUUUUACUGGGAAAUAAGUAGAAUGAUUUUUGCAUACUCAACAUUCCUUCUUUCGGGAUUAUCAACCCUUGCAACAACAACAAUGUUCUAUAUACUUUUAUUUUUGGACAUUACUUCCUGGAUAGAUUUAUACUUUCGAUUGCAUGUUUGCUAUUUCAACGAUUGUAACAUUGAAGUAAGUCAUCCUGUUAAAACAGCAACACAUUAUCUCAAAAAUGGAUUUUUACUCGAUUUGAUAGCAUCUUUUCCGUUUGACUAUCUGGGAUUCGACGAAACGAAGACUUACUUACGAGUAAACAGGAUCUUACAAUUACAUAGACCUUUACGAUUUGUCGCACAUAUUAAUUCAUACAAUAUUUCGCGAUCUAAAAUUUACGACAUGGUGAGAUUUGUUUCUUUUAUUAUAAUAUCCUUAUUCUAUAUAAGUAAUAUUGGGCAAUAUAUAACUUGCGGUGCAAUAUCGGAUAAAUCUCAAACAAAUUGUGCGAUCAAUAACUGGAUUUUAGAAAAUUUUAAUAAAAGUAAUGUCCGAGACGAUAUUAAACAAAAAGUUGUAAGCGUCUUAUUUGCUGUAACAUACUUCACUUCGAUAAGUUUAACCACAGCGUAUCCAACUACAAUGACUGAAAUUAUUUUUCUUAGUGCUGUUGUAAUUUGUGGUCAAAUGGUCUUUACUUGGAUUACUGCAAAAUUAAUUGCUAAUAGCUUUUAUAAAAGAACUGAUUUGACUCAAUAUCAGGAAGAAAUGAAAGAGUUGCGAUUAAUGGUCAGUGAUAAACAGGUUGAUAAAAAUAUAAAAAACGAGAUUGUAAAUCAUUUUGAAAACAUGUGGAAGAAAACGAAAGGGAAAAAAAUUAUUUCUGUACUAAGUGUAUUACAAAGUAUUGUUAAAGAUGAUCUAUUAUAUGAAAUGUUUGGUGUAUCAUUACGGGAAUCAUCGAUAUUUAAAAAUGCUCCUAUUGGGUUUUUCAAAAGUUUGGUACAAUGCGCCAGAUAUGAAGUGUUUGUUCAUAAAGGAAUUCUUUACCAUGUUAAUGAUGUACACGGAAACAUUUUUAUAUUGUUGAAAGGAACUAUUGAUAUUAUUGGUCCUGAUUUUAAUAAAUUCUCAAUUUUAUAUCCUGGAAGUAUUUUUGGUAAUUUAGAUACUUGUAAAGAAAGCCGACAAACUUUAAUGAUGGUGGCGAGUGGUAAUGUGGAAGUUUUAAAAAUAACUUCUUCUGAUUUUCAUGGGGUGGUAUCAAAAUAUCGAUUUCUAUACAAUUAUUUUAAAAAGUUAACAGCUGUUAAUGUGGAUUAUUUGGUAAACAGACCAUUACGAAGUGAAUUAUGGGCCGUUAGCGAAAAAAGUCAAGAUUAUCAUUCUUUUUCAAUGAAAUAUUAUCAUAGGUGUUUUUCUGGAUUUAUGCAUGUUUAUGAAAAUACCAAAUACUUGAAACUGUUAAACUCCUUUGUGAUUUUCUUCAGUUGUUUUGUUGGUUUUCAUAUGGAGCUCUUUCAAGUGGCUAUUUAUGAAGAUAACCCUACUUUUAUUGCUGUACUUUAUAUUUUGGAUUUAUUCUAUCUUCUAAGAAUGUAUUUGAUAUUUCAUACUAGUAUUACUGAUGAUACAGGAAGACCCGUUAAAGAUCGACGUAAAAUUGCACAAAAAUACUUUAAAAAACGAUACGGUUUUUAUUUUGAUUUAUUUACUUCUUUACCAUUUGAAGUAAUAUCACUGGUAUUUAUUCAUAGAGAAUUCUUUAUUCAAGUAUACUCUUGGCUUAGAAAAAAUAGACUUUUACGACUAAUUAUUUGCUUAGAAACAAAGCGAAGCAGUUUAAAUAAGUUAAAUGUUGAUCUAAAAAUGAAGAGGAUAUGUUAUAUAUUAACUUGGCUAAUAAUUGCUUUGCACAGCAUGAGCUGUUUACUUAUUGAAUUUCAAUCAAACGAUGAUGAAAUAUCGAAGUACAGUCAUAUCUAUAUAUUAUUAAAAGCUUAUCAUUUAAUUAUUUUUACGGCAUGUAGAGGUUCUUCGCCGGAAUUAACACUUGAAUUUAAUAUGUACACAAUAUUUAAUGGAAUUGCUAUCAUGCUAAUUUGUAAGUUUUGUAUUACACUGUUUAUAGCGGAAACCUGCUCCGUAUUAGAGAACAUUAAUCAAACAAGGAGAAGUUAUCAAACUUAUGCGUUAAAAUUAAAGAACAUCAUGAACGAAAAAGAAGUAUCAGAACCUUUUAGAAAAAGAAUUGGAGAAUAUUUCAAUUUAUUAUGGAAUCAUCACAAUGGCGUCCAAUAUCCACGUCUUCUCAAAGAAUCACCUUAUUAUUUACGAGAGGCUAUUUUAAACGGUCUUUAUGGCUACCAUUUGCGUAAACAUCGACUUUUAAAGCACUGCCAUAAGGAUCUUUUACGACAAAUGGCAGCUACUUUCGAUGUCCUAAUAUUUUUCCCGGGAAAUUUUAUUACUUACGUGGGAGAUAUCGACGGAAAUAUGUAUUUUAUUCAUAAGGGCGAAGUUAGUUUGGUAAUUGAAGACACAAUACUAAAUGAAAGUAGCAUCGGCACAUUAACCACCGGAGAAUAUUUCGGAUUAGACCAAGGAUUAUUUAAAAAUUUCGGUCACGACUAUAGUUAUAAAGCAACAAAGAAAAGCACAUUAAUUGCUUUGAAUAGAUCAAAAUGGUUUCAUCUAUUAGAUUUUUUUCCAGCAUCAAAACGAGUUUUGUUUGAUUUAAGAGAUGAAUUUAUGCAGUCGGAAUAGAGAUUCGUAUUGAUUAAGAAAUGUU